CAUAGCAUGGCGGACAUCAGGUUGCCAGAAAACGUCCAAAACACGAAGCAGCUUAGAAGUGGAGAAGAAUGUCGCGCACAAGUUAGCAAAAUGUAAAAUCUAUGAUGAAGUACAAAGGAAGGGGACCUUUUUUUUUUAAGGGAAAGGAAGGGGACCUUAUCUUGUGAAUGAACUUACCGUUUGUAAAAUGUAUGAUCUCUUUGCACUGAGAGACCUCUACUUGUUGGUUAAGAUGUUAAUUGCUUUGCCUGAAACUAACAUGGCAUGUAUAUGACCAAGCAUGCAUAUAAGUUUCUCUGCACCCAUUAGUUGUACAAAAAUAGCUUGCUACCUCGUCAGUUUUCCUAAGCCGUUUCCCAAUCUUAUCCCAGCUCACAUCAAUCAAAACUUCCAUUCACAAUGGUUUAUAUAUAAAGUAAUAUAAUGUAUGAAACUUAACAAGGUAUGCUGCAAACAGGGUUUCUAUAUGGAGUAGACGUGCUACCUGACAAAGAAAACCACAGCAGCCUGCCUAACUGCUGGCCUAAGGAUAUACACAUUUCAAUAUACUGGCUAUGCUGAACAAUUAAUACAGGUUGUGGUACUAGCUAGUCGCCCUCAAGAUACUGCAGCUAAUCACAGCAUGUGUCUAUCGUGAACAAUGCAAUACUUUUUGAAAUAAAACUGUAGGAAAGAGCCAAAAGUAAUAGUUAAUUAAAGAUCAGAUAUAUUUACAAUAGGGAAAUCCUAUAUAACAACUCCCUCCAUUCCGAAUUAAUUGAAGUUCUAGAUUUGUCCCAAGUCUAAAGAAAAAUAUGCUAAGAUUUAAAGUAUCAAAUAUACAUAGUACAAAAUAUACUUUAUAAAUCUAAUUUGGUGUUGUAGAUGUUAGCACAUUUUUCUGACUUGGUCAAACUUAAACAAGUUUGGCUUAGGACAGACCUAGAAUUUCAAUUAAUUUGGAACGGAGGGAGUAAAUAGGUGAUCCCCACUAACCUAUUUCUGUCAACAUAUGCAAACAUGCCACCUCGAUGUGUAACCAUGCAUGGGAAAAAGCACACCUCAACAUACAACCAUGCAUGGGAAAAGGAUCAGCCAUUUCUAUUUUAUUAUUCUACUUGUAUUCAAUAAAUGUUUCACAACUACACAAUAAUCAAAUACAAUAAAAUCAUAUAUAUAUUCAGUUUCAGUUCUCAUAUUAUUAAUCCCAAUUUCCUGUUCUAUACAACCAAAUAUCAUCGAAAUAUAUUGCAACCAACUCCCGCAGAAACACGCGGGGUGUCAUCUAGUAUAUACAGAGAGUGGGGAGAGGAAUAUACAAGAGGAAGGGGAAGAGGCGUAGCAAGAUGAACAAGGCAUGGCCUAAGAGGAGCCUCAAGUUCAGCGUUCACUCAGUAAGAAAGAAGGAAGAUGUCUCUCUUGAAAAGGAAAGACUAGGAGGCUAAACUUGGAUUGAUAUUAUCAAAGAUCUUAGCAUUCCUCUGUUUCUAUAUGUUCCACGCAACAACAUUGAAGGACUAGCUGAAGUUCUGUCUAGCCUGGAUAAUCAUGCCUUCCACUGGUAAGAGUUGAGGGGUGAAUCAAUAGUCGCACAGCAAUCUGUGCUGAAGCCGCAUUUCCAGAACAGGUAGUAGCAGGAUUCAACAUCUCCCGCGUUACAUAAAAUGCAACUAGAACUUCCAUUGAUCUGGAUGUGUCAUCGUUCGAGCAAGUCCUUAGGAUUGAGCCUAUCAUUCAAAAGGAGCCAAGCAAACGCCUUGAGCUUGGAUGAGCAGUUCGACUUCCAUAUCUAGGAAGAGUAAAUCGGAGCUCAAACGUGUUGGAGGGAGAUGUCAUAAAUCUUCGAUGCAGAGAAACAGUCGACCCAAGGGAAGCUCCAGGUGUCACAAGGAAGCCACACGGACUUGACCCAGCUAAACAUGAAAGUGGCCUAUGGUGAACAGGUCAGCACAAUUCAAUGGUGUCACCCGUGGUUACACCAUAACUUGACACCAUAACUUGGUAUUUCUACUGAGGUCAUCCAAGACCUAGCUGUCGUAUUAUUCAUUAGUUACCUCCAUUGUUUCUGGAGCUGAUUGAGCCAUUUAAACAUGCAUGUGGUGCAUUUAAACAUGCAGUGGUGCCUCUAAGUCAUUGUUCUAUAUUCUUUGUUCGUCUUUACGCUUUUAUAGUAGCAAACAUGAGAGGUGAGGGUCAGUCCCUUCCUCCCUGGUUCCCAUAGAAAAUCACAAAUGCAAGAAUUUGAGAGGAUGAGAACACAAUGUUGGAUGAGGCCAACGAAACAGAAAAAAGUGCACUGGUUAGCCAUCUUGUCACAAUCAGGCAUUGUUUUUUUAAUCUAGUGUGCAACAUGUGGUCAACUACCACUUUCCACGUAUUCCUUUUUCUGCAAGUGUUGGAUUUAGCAAAGAUGGCAUGCCACUUGAUUAGUAAAUUAGGGAUAUCUAUCACGGUCAUAGAGGGGAGGGCUUGACUUUACCAUGACGUUUGGUGUUGCCCAGUGUUUUAAGUAUCCAAUUCUAACCAAACUUCUUGAUGUUUGGCUAGCUCUACAGGCCAUUCAGCAUGCAUCUCUUCCUCAUCUAUUUCGGGUUUUUCUUGUCCCUACACUUCCCUGGAUGUUCUGCCGCCAUGGACGCCAUUACAUCCAGGCAAGCACUUGUCGGCAACGACAGGAUCAUCUCCAAUAACGGCAAGUUUGCUCUCGGCUUCUUCCAGACAGGCAGUAAGUCCUCCCACAACACCCUGAACUGGUACCUAGGCAUAUGGUACAACAACGUCCCCAAGCUAACUCCGGUAUGGGUAGCAAACGAUCAUAACCCAGUUACAGACACCACCACAUCGGAGCUGAUAAUAUCCAGUGAUGGCAACCUCGUCAUCUUAAACCAAGUCACUAUGUCCAUCAUCUGGUCUACCCACACGAAUACCACAAGCAACAAUACCAUUGCUACGCUAUUGAACAGCGGAAACCUCAUCCUACAGAACUCCUCGAACUCAUCAAAUGUGUUGUGGCAGAGCUUUGAUUACCCCACAAAUACCUUCCUUCCUGGUAUAAAACUAGGUUGGAACAAGGUCACGGGUCUGAAUCGCCGUCUGGUUUCUAGGAAGAACUUGAUUGACUUAGCCCCUGGCAGAUAUGGUGAAGAAUUAGACCCAAGUGGUGCCAAUCAGUACAUCUUUACACAGCUGAACUCGUCCAUACCAUAUUGGUCGAGUGGGGUAUGGAACGGCCAAUACUUUCCGUCAAUACCAGAGAUGGCAGGCCCUUUUGUUGUAAAUUUUACAUUUGUCGACAAUGACCAAGAGAAGUACUUCACGUAUAACUUACUAGACGAGACAAUCAUUUUCCAUCAUCUGUUGGAUGUCUCAGGUCAAACAAAAUCUUUCCUUUGGCUUGAGAGCUCACAAGACUGGGUGAUGACCUAUGCCCAACCCAGAGUUCAAUGUGAUGUAUUUGCUGUUUGUGGACCAUUCACAAUUUGUAAUGAUAAUACAAUUCCAUUCUGCAACUGUAUGAAAGGAUUCUCCAUAAGAUCACCUAGUGACUGGGAGCUAGAUGAUCGAACAGGCGGCUGUGUGAGAAAUACUCCAUUAGAUUGCGGUAUCAACAAAAGCAUAAGUGAGGAAGACAGGUUCUACCCUAUCACAUGUGUUGGAUUGCCCAAUAACGGACACAGCACAGAAGAUGCUACAAGUGAAGAUAAAUGUACCGAAGUUUGCAUGGGCAGCUGCACUUGCACUGCAUAUUCCUAUGGUGUCAAUGGAUGUUUUAUUUGGAAUGGUGAAAUUAUUAAUGUGAAGCAGCAACAAUGUGAUGAUACUACAAAUACUAACAAAGCCACUCUUUACAUGCGCCUAGCCAACAGAGAGGUACAAAGGUUGGAAAGCAACAGAAGACGGAUAAUCAUCGGCACAGCAAUUGGUGCAAGUGUUGCUUUCUGCGGUUUAUUGUCACUCUUCUUGCUACUGAUGAUUAAGAGGAACAAGAGGUUGUCUGCUCAUAGAAUGGAAAACCUUCAAGGUGGUGGGGGCAUUAUUGCGUUUAGAUAUGUUGAUUUGCAACGUGCAACAAAAAACUUCUCCGAGAAGCUAGGGGCAGGUGGUUUUGGUUCUGUAUUCAAGGGGUUUCUAGAUGACUCCACUGCCAUAGCAGUUAAAAGGCUUGAUGGUGCUUGCCAAGGAGAGAAGCAAUUCAGAGCUGAAGUGAGAUCAAUUGGCUUCAUUCAGCAUAUCAAUCUAGUUAAUCUAAUUGGCUUUUGUACUGAGGGCGACGGUAGGUUGCUUGUCUACGAACACAUGCAAAAUCGUUCUCUUGAUGCUCAUUUAUUUCACAAUAAUGGUACAAUUUUGAAAUGGAGCAUUAGGCAUCAAAUAGCUCUUGGAGUUGCUAGAGGACUGGUCUACUUGCAUGAUAGUUGCCAGGAUUGCAUCAUACAUUGCGACAUUAAGCCAGAGAACAUACUUCUAGAUGCGUCAUUUGUUCCGAAAAUAGCAGAUUUCGGGAUGGCAAAGUUUCUCGGAAGGGAUUUUAGUCGAGUUCUCACUACAAUGAGAGGAACAAUUGGAUAUCUAGCACCUGAAUGGAUUAGCGGAACUGUUAUUACAGCAAAAGUUGAUGUCUACAGCUAUGGCAUGGUUUUGUUGGAAAUUGUAUCAGGGAAGAGGAACUCAGGUAGACAGUAUACAACCGGUGAUGAUUAUGUCUAUUUCCCUGUGCAAGUUGCAAACAAACUACUGGAGGGGGGUGUGGGGAGUCUGGUGGACAUCAAUCUACAUGGCGAUGCCCAUUUGGAACAGGUGGAAAGAGCUUUGAAGAUUGCAUGCUGGUGUAUUCAAGAUGACGAGUUUGAUCGACCCACAAUGGGUGACGUUGUUCAAAGUCUUGAAGGCCUUCUUGAAGUCAACAUACCCCCAAUGCCAAGACUACUUCAAGCUAUUGCAGGGAAUCAACAUUCAACAUUUGAUGGGCACCUGGACCAAGCUUCACAAGAGGCAGGCAAACUGCAACAUACCUCAGAGCUUCAUGAAGACAGGUUGCUGCAAUGAUGGAGCAGAGCUUCCCUUCAGUGAUUGUCUAAACCCUGAAAUACCAGUGGCAAGUUAGCAUUUCUGAAACUAAAUGAACUGAGAUAAGGUUUUUCAGGAUAUAUUGUUGUAUAAUAUACAUAGCAAUCAUUUGGAUUCUCAUCAAAGUAUUGGUUGGUUGUCUA